CUCAAUUUAUCGCUAACAUAAUGACCACUAAUGCCACAGCAAACCAGGCCGCGGUAUCGGUUAGCCUGAGUGACCUGCGGAAUGACAAUAUCGAGUUCUCUAUGCUGGAGGAUGCUUUUGGUCCAGCAUCGUUAGGUAUCAUCGUUGUGAAAGACCUUCCCGCACAGUUUCAAGAACUUCGGCGCAAGCUUCUCUCUUUCUCGUCUGCCCUAGGCAACCUCCCUCAAGAUCAACUUGUAAAACUUGAGUCACCAGCAUCGAAGUGGCUUGUGGGCUGGUCGUGCGGAAAGGAAACCUUGAAGGAUGGCCACUACGACACUCUAAAAGGCUCUUACUAUGUAAACUGCGCCCCAGCAUUUGAGGACCUAGCACUUCAAAAGUCCCUAGCUGAGAAGUAUCCUUCUUUCUCGGAGUAUACCGCUCCUAACGUCUGGCCUGCGCGAGAAUUGCUUCCGGAAUUUGAAGAAACCUUCCGAGAACUAUGCAAUCUAAUCAUUGAGAUAGCGGCGCUGGUUGCCCGAGCAUGCGACAAGUAUGCAGAAGCGAACAUCGAAGGAUAUAAGAAGGGCUAUCUUGAACAUGUUGUAAAGACGAGUGUCUCUACAAAAGCUCGAUUACUGCAUUACUUUCCCACUCCACAGUCGCAAGGCGAUGCAAUAGACGGCACGAAUGGUGCUGAAGACGAUUGGUGUGCAACCCAUCUAGAUCACGGCUGCCUUACUGGAUUGACAUCCGCAAUGUUUGUGGAUGAGGGGGCUCAAUUCCUAAAGGCCGGUUCUUCAUUUUCUUCUCUCGAAGAACUUGAUUGUUCACCAGACCCUAAGGCAGGGCUCUAUAUCCAUUCUCGGACAGGCGCCGUUACUAAGGUUGGGAUUCCGCGCGACUGUCUUGGCUUCCAAACAGGCGAAGCACUUGAAGUCAUCACGAAGGGCAAAUUCAAAGCUGUGCCACACUUUGUGAGGGGCGCCAGAGCAGGGACCGGCGGUAAGGUGGCCCGGAACACGCUGGCGGUCUUCACCCAGCCAAAUCUCUGGGAGAUGGUUGAUGAGAAAAGGGAUUUUGCAAUGUUCGCAAAGGAGAUUGUUGAGAAGAAUCAUUAG